AUGACUGACAACUUUAAAUGGAGAAAGCUUAAAACAUCUGAAAAGAAUGGAGUUCCACUUCACUUUCUCAUACCACCUUUGCCUCAGGCCCCCUCUUUCAUCAACCGACCCAGACCAAACAAAUCAAAAACAGUGCAAAGGCCUUUCCCUCUGGCUCAUGGAACAACAACCCUGGGUUUCAUCUUCGAAGGUGGGGUAAUUGCAGCAGCAGACACACGUGCCAGUGCUGGGGGGCUUGUUGCAUGUCCUGAAGUUCAUAAAAUUACCCCUAUUCACUCCCAUUUAGUGGUCACCUCCUCAGGUAGUGGUGCAGACUGUGUGCUGUGGGAGCGUAUUCUGAUUAGAGAGAUCAGACUCUACCAACUGCGGCACAAGCGCCGUCUCUCAAUACGGGGCACUGCUAAGCUUCUUUCCUUCAUGCUGCAUCCCUUUAAAGGCACUAAUGUGUGUGUGGCUCUAACUCUGUGUGGCUGGGAUGAGGACGAUGGGGUCAAGAAUUUGGACAACACUUCUGGUUUGACUGAUGGUAGUUCUUCAUGUGUUUUCAGUAAUCAAAAUGUCACUUCAACAACAUAUUUACCAUCCUCUAACACCGGCCCAAAGCUUAUUUAUGUGUGCAGUGAUGGAGCCAAACUGCAGGGAGAUGUCUUCUCUGUGGGCUCAGGUUCUCCUUAUGCCUACGGAGUCUUGGAUGGGGGUCUGAGGUGGAGUUUGAGUAAAGAAGAAGCUGUCUCCUUGGCAAGAGAAGCUGUUUUCAGGGCCACUCACAGAGACGCCUACUCAGGAAACAACGUGGACAUUUUCCACAUCACAGCUCAAGGAUGGAGCCAAAGACCGAGGGAGGACCUGAAAGAGGAAUAUUACAGAGACACAGAGAGGAAAGGCUUGGAUACAAGAGGAGAGAGUGAUAAAAUAGAAAGCUUCUAA